AUGUCGACACGCUCUCCCAAUCAACGAGGCCUUGAACAACUCCCCCGAGAGCUGUGGCUUGAGAUUCUCUCCUGGCUCACGUGUGAGCGCGACGCUGUUUUGGAGGUGAACGAGAGGGAUGGCAUGGAUUUCCAAAGGAGAAUACCAAAAGCGAUGACUGUUUUGAAAGCUACGAAAGCCGAUCUGAGGAAUCUCUGCCUGACAUGCCGGUUUCUUAAUUUCAAUACUCAGCCGGCUCUCUACGAAUUCUUCGACCAGGUCGUGAAAGAACCACGGUCCCUGCCUCUUUUUCUACGGACCCUACUGCGCCAACCAAAGCUCGCUCUACAUGUUCGAAGGGUCGACGCUCAUUUUCUUGUCUCUGAUAGAGCUAGAUUCUACGGUCGGAGGCUACCCCGUGAGGAUGGGCCACUGUUCACAUCCGCCUUGAAUCGUCACCGCUUCAUGGGCGAUAAAACACGCAAACAAUUUCAAGACCUGUUCCGCGUGGGUAGUACCAUGGGGGACACCCUGGCUGUGCUACUGCUCUGGCAUACACCGAAUCUUCGUGAACUGAAUAUUGAGCACGAGGAUGGGCCUGGGUACGCCAUGCUAGAGGAGCUUAUACUCAAGACUCUUCUUUACCCAGUUUCUUCUCUGCCAUUCAGCAAGCUUCAGAAACUAAAGAUCUGGUUUUCUAGCCCUCAUGAAUUCAGCCGAGCAUCACCCUGGCUAUUGCUGCCGUCGCUGCAAAGUCUGGACGUCAGAGGCACCUAUGCCUCCACAUGUAAUCCGGCGUUGCAGGAUUUGAAGAACCUACGAUGGCGUGUCGAUUCCAUACGUUCUCUCAAUAAUUUGGCGACGUUUACCUCUUCGGUGACUUCCCUCGUUAUUCAUUGCGAUAAGAUGAUUCUAGAUGCACUCUAUGACAUAUUAUUCUAUUGCAAGGCUUUGAAGUCUUUCGAACUCUAUUGGAGUCCUUUUCACCCCAAGAACCCAACAGAUUUCAAUCUCCACGAAACUUUGAAAGCUUUGCUUUGCCGAAAGGACUCCCUGAGCAAAUUGAGAUUAGAUAUAGGGCCGAGACUCGAAGGCGCUGGCCGCUAUUUCGUCAGAGGGACUGAAAGCAAAUUGCAAGAGCGAGAGAAAAAUGUGCCAUCAGCGGUGUCUUUCAAAGCCUUUGAACAGCUGACCCAUCUACAUGUCCCAGGACCCGCCCUCCACGAGUGGCUCACAGUUUACCGGGACGACGUUUUGCCUCCAACGCUGGAAAUACUGAAACUUCCGACAUUCGAGAUCAGUACCAGAGACGAAAUAGAUGACCUAGUGAAUGAACUAGUGUUAAAAGGUUUAGGGCAGUGCCCACUGCUAAAAAUGAUUACAUUUGGUCUCAACGGUGAAGAUAUGCGAGGUAUUCGAGGCACGUUGUCCAUUCGUUUCAAUGAAGGGGGAUUCAGUGUUGAAGCUCGAAACGCAAGUGGGGAUUUGGUUGAAGUUGACGACCUAGCGCUUGUUGUCGACUGA